UUCUACGGCUAACGCACUUUGCUGUGUGUAGGGUAUACCGAGAGGGUCUGAGUUAGGACGCGGGAGCCCCCUGUUUGAAAGUAGGCCGGCUGGGAUGAGCGUCCCCCCUUGGGAGUCACCCCUACAAACGAUGCCCCGGCAUGACAAUAGCAUUUGAUGUGAAUCCCCCGUCCGUCUCACCUACGUACGUUCUUCUCUCCACAGCCCUGACGCCAGUCCGACUACGGAUAAACCCUAUACUACUACAGCAGAGCCUGUUCCAAGCAGCGUCGGGGUGACAACGGAGAGAGAAUUACUGUCCAGGAAUAUCCCGGAAUUUCAGAUGCAUCGAGGAAAGGAAGCCCGCCGUAUGGGAGUUCACGGCCACCGCCGUGUCUAAGCCUGCCAGCCGGCGGGAGAGAAUAAUAUAUCGCCCCGCAGCGUUCUGCCGUACGUCGCCCGUUGGAUUUACCGCUCCUAUCUCCCGUGUAUAACAUAGGGAGUUGAGUUGAGAGAGAGAAGUACAACUGCUACAGAGAGAACGCCCGAGGGUUAGAAAACAGAAGCAUGCCGGCUAGGAAAGGGCUCCUAGCGCCACAGAAUACUUUCCUGGACACAAUAGCGACGAGGUUCGAUGGCACACACAGCAACUUUGUGCUGGGGAAUGCCCAGGUGGCUAAUGUGUACCCCAUCGUGUACUGCUCCGAUGGCUUCUGUGAGCUGACGGGGUUUGCGAGGGCCGAGGUCAUGCAGAAGGGCUGCGCCUGUAAGUUCCUGUAUGGCAACGAGACCAGCGAAAUCCAGAUCAGCCAGAUCGAGAGCGCCUUGGAGGAGAAGGAUGAGUUCAAGACAGAAGUCAUGUUUUACAAAAAGAAUGGGACGCCGUUUUGGUGUUUACUCGAUAUCGUUCCCAUCAAAAACGAAAAAGGGGAAGUCGUUCUGUUCCUCGCCUCCCACAAGGACAUCACGAGAACAAAACUAUCCAGCAUGGACCUGGACGAGGCUGAGGCGAAUGAGCAAAGACCCACCCCAAGGUUUAAGGGCGCGUACGUUAACGCUUCCUAUGGAAGAAGAACAGGGCAACAGUUCCAGAGGCGGAGAAGUCGAGCGGUGUUGUACCAACUGUCAGGGCAUCUACAGAAACCUACGCAGGGAAGAAGUCGGUUGAAAAAACUUAACAGUGGGUUUAUAUCAGACAAGAUGGCUGUCCCGGAGUACAAGACAGAGAGCAUCAAGAAGCCCCACUUCGUUCUCUUACACUUUAGCAUGUUCAAGUCAGGAUGGGACUUUAUCAUACUGUUGGCGACAUUUUACGUCGCGGUGGUUGUACCGUACAACGUGGCGUUCGCGCUACCGUGUGAGAAGGGCCGGGGUCCCAACUUUACCAAACCUUCCUUUGUCAGCGAUGUCAUCGUAGAAAUGCUCUUCAUCGUAGAUAUUAUACUUAAUUUUCGCACGACCUACGUGACCUCGUCCGGUCAGGUAGUGUACGACGCGAGGUCCAUCGCCCUGAACUAUGCCAAGACCUGGUUCUUUGUGGACCUGAUGGCAGCUGUACCGUUCGAUCUUCUCUAUGCAGUUAACGUGGAAAUUACUUCCUUCGUGCAUCUUAUGAAAACGGUCCGGUUGCUGAGGCUAGCCAGACUUAUGCAGAAGCUGGACAGGUGGUCGCAGUACAGUGCGCUGGUGCUAACCCUCCUGAUGUCGUUCUUUGGGCUCCUCGCUCAUUGGCUGGCGUGCAUUUGGUACGUCAUAGGCCGCGAGGAACUCAAGACGCAUCGGUGGGAAUUGGGGUGGUUGUUUGAGUUGUCGAGAAGAAUAGAUCAGCCUUACGCUCUAGGUGCAGGUUGCGGGGCGGCCGCCAACAGUUCUAUUUUUAACUCGACAAGUAACUUUACAGAAGGGACAGACUUACUCAGACCCUCCGAAGGGGGGCCUGACAUCACAAGUGCCUAUCUUACAGCGCUCUACUUUACAUUAAGCAGUCUCACCAGUGUUGGCUUCGGCAAUGUUUCCGCCAACACCAAUGCUGAGAAGAUAUUUUCCGUGUGUACAAUGAUGAUUGGAGCCUUGAUGCAUGCAGCAGUGUUCGGUAACGUAACGGCAAUCAUCCAGAGGCUUUAUUCCAGGCGGUCCGAGUACCACACCAAGACUAAAGACCUGAAGGAGUUCACCAAGCUACACAACAUCCCCAAGGCUCUCAAGACAAGGAUGCUCGAGUACUUCCAAGCACACUGGUCGGAAAACCAUGGGAUAGACAAAGCUGACAUGAUGAAAGACUUUCCAGACGAGUUACGAGCAGACAUCGCGAUGGUCAUGCACAAGGAGAUCCUGUCUCUGCCUCUCUUCGAAAACGCAAGUCAGGGAUGUUUGAGGUCCUUGAGUCUACACAUCAAGACGACAUUCUGUGCGCCGGGGGAGUACUUAGUAAGACAUGGAGACGCCAUGACUACGAUGUACUUUGUCUGCAACGGGUCAUUAGAAAUCCUGAGAAACGGCAUGGUUCUUGCUAUUUUAGGAAAGGGAGAUCUGUUUGGCGCAGAUCUGGACGCGGUGGACAACGUGUCCAAGUCAAACGGCGAUGUCAAGGCCCUGACGUACUGUGACCUCCAGUUCAUCCAGUUGCCGAAGCUGAAGGACGUUUUCAAGCUGUAUCCGGAGUUUUUCCAGAAGUUGACCAGGGACGUCAGGCAUGACUUGACCUUUAACCUCAGGGACGGAUGUGACGCAGGAGAGGAGCAUGAUCAGGACGCGGCCGAUCACGUACCGAAGUUGCCGUCGAUUAGCGAAGAUGACGAACUGGAGGAUGACGAUGACGCAACUUCGUCGCCUCAGAGUCCGGAGGAGAAACCGGGCGUUCCGAAGCCGCCCAGGUUAAACCUUCCCAGGAACUCUCUGCCAGAAUCUUCGACAACGAACCUCAGUCCAAGGUUUGUUGACGGAGGUGAGGAUGAGAACAGCUUGUGGAAGAGCAGGAGUUUUGAGUUCCCGUCGCGGAAGCGCAGCCCGGUAUCGGGGAGGCGGCACCGCUACUCGUUCGGCUGCUGCGAGACGGCGUACGGGCGGGCUCCCUCCGCGCCCCAGCCGCCCUCCACCGGCGCAGGCGCAGGUGACAUGGACUACCUCACUGUACCAUACGUCCCCGCAGGCGAUCAGCACAGACGAAGUUCCGUUCCUUGGGAGAUGACGUUAGAUGACAUUGGAGAGUCGAGACUCAGUUCUACGUCGAACCUAGACGCAGCUUCUGAGUUAAGAGGCGAGGUUGAGUACACCAGGAGCACGGUAGACAGACUGGACAAACAGGUGUCAUCUUUGACCAGAGACGUAGCGACUAUGAGUGCGGAUCUGCGGCAGUUGAUGCAGCUGAUGCAGGCCCACGUGGCGGCCACGUCAGGAGCUGCGGUCUCAACAUCCAGUUCUCCUACGCAACCUAAAGCCACGGUCGAACGCCAUCAAUCAAUGAGUCCUUCCCUUGCCCAGAGCGGGCGUGGAUCCAGCUUGGACACCAAUAGCAGUUCGAGUAGCCGCGUCACUGUCAUCCCCAUGUCGAAUUCUAGAGAACCUUUGCUCGAAAAACAAGACUGCGUGUUCGAGAGCGAAGAGAGCCUGCCGAGUAGAGGUAGCAGGUCAAGUAGCGUAUCAAGUGCUUCUUCAGCAAGAAAACUUUCUCCGCCAAGAUUAUACAACGGACCUAACGACGGCACGCAGGAGACUGACGUAGAGUCUGGUGGAUCGUUUCCGAGCAGUACGGAUUUGUAA